AUGGCCAGACUGACGGAGAGAGAGGCGAGGAGGCAGCAGCAGCAGCAUCCCCCGCAGCAGCAGCAGCCCCGAGCCUGCCCCAUGAGCGGCCCCGAGCCCCCUGCUCAGCAGUCAGACAGCAUGAAGGACCUGGACGCCAUCAAAUUGUUUGUGGGGCAAAUCCCUCGCAACCUGGAGGAGAAGGACUUGAAGCCUCUCUUCGAGCAAUUCGGCAAGAUCUAUGAGCUCACAGUGCUGAAGGACCGGUACACGGGCAUGCACAAAGGCUGUGCCUUCCUCACAUACUGUGCCAGAGACUCGGCCAUAAAAGCACAAACGGCCCUGCACGAGCAGAAGACUCUUCCUGGGAUGGCACGACCAAUUCAGGUGAAGCCAGCAGACAGCGAGAGUCGGGGAGGUAUUGCCUGUGUAUUGCAGCCCUGCCGUGAUCGCAAACUGUUUGUGGGGAUGCUUAGCAAACAGCAGUCAGAAGAAGAAGUGACCAGCAUGUUCCAAGCCUUUGGCUCAAUUGAGGAGUGUUCUGUUCUACGAGGACCUGAUGGCAGCAGUAAAGGCUGUGCUUUUGUCAAGUUCUCAUCUCAUGCUGAGGCUCAGGCAGCGAUACAUGCUCUACAUGGGAGUCAAACAAUGCCAGGAGCGUCAUCCAGCCUUGUGGUCAAAUUUGCAGACACAGACAAAGAGCGAACUCUACGUCGAAUGCAACAGAUGGUUGGACAGUUGGGAAUCUUCACUCCAUCACUGGCACUUCCCAUAAGCCCUUAUAGUGCCUACGCACAAGCGCUGAUGCAACAGCAGACAACAGUUCUGUCCACAUCACAUGGCAGUUACCUGAGUCCUGGUGUGGCAUUUCCUCAAUGUCAUAUUCAGCAGAUUGGCGCUGUCAACCUGAAUGGCCUACCAACCACACCCAUCACACCAGCAUCAGGACUACAUUCCCCACCCGUCAUUGGCACUGCCGCUGUACCUGGGCUGGUGACUCCAUUAACCAAUGGAUUUCCUGGUCUUGUACCAUUCCCUAGUAGUCAUCCUGCCCUGGACACAAUUUACACCAAUAGCAUUGUGCCAUACCCAGCACAGAGUCCUGCGCUGACAGUGGAGAGCCUGCACCCUUCGUUCACUGGGGUACAGCAGUACUCAGGGGCAAUUUAUCCCACAGCCGCUCUUACGCCUGUCACACAUAACACCCCACAGCCUCCUCCUAUACUGCAACAACGCGAAGGGCCAGAGGGUUGUAACCUAUUUAUCUAUCAUCUGCCCCAGGAGUUUGGGGAUAAUGAGUUGACACAAAUGUUCCUGCCAUUUGGUAACAUAAUUUCAUCCAAAGUGUUCAUGGAUCGAGCUACCAAUCAGAGCAAGUGUUUUGGAUUUGUCAGUUUUGAUAAUCCAUCCAGUGCUCAGACAGCUAUCCAGGCCAUGAAUGGUUUUCAGAUAGGGAUGAAAAGGCUGAAGGUCCAACUAAAGAGGCCUAAAGACACAACUCAACCAUACUGA